GGAGGCAGGGGCCGGGCUGCGCGGGGCGCGGGGGGGCCCGGCGGGGCGGUGAUGCGCAGCCCGCGGCGGCAGGAUGCGGGAGGGGAGCGCGGGCGGCCGCGGCGCGGAGAACCGGACGGGUGCCGAGCCCCCGCUGCACCUUUUCCCCGCGCCCGUCCUCACCGGCAUCACCGUCGCCUGCGUCCUCCUCUUCGUCAUCGGGAUCGUCGGCAACCUCAUGACCAUGCUGGUGGUGUCGCGGUUCCGGGACAUGAGGACCACCACCAACUUCUACCUGUCCAGCAUGGCCUUCUCCGACCUGCUCAUCUUCCUCUGCAUGCCCCUGGACCUCUUCCGCCUCUGGCAGUACCGUCCCUGGAACUUUGGGGACCUCCUCUGCAAGCUCUUCCAGUUCGUCAGCGAGAGCUGCACCUACUCCACCAUCCUCAACAUCACCGCCCUCAGCGUGGAGCGGUACGUUGCCAUCUGCUUCCCCCUCCGAGCUAAAGUGAUCAUCACCAAGGGGAAGGUCAAGCUGGUCAUCCUCUUCCUCUGGGCCGUCUCCUUCAUUAGCGCCGGACCCAUCUUCGUCUUGGUGGGGGUCGAGCACGAGAACGGCACGAACCCCCUGAGCACCAACGAGUGCCGAGCCACGGAGUACGCCAUCCGCUCGGGGCUCCUCACCAUCAUGGUCUGGACCUCCAGCAUCUUCUUUUUCCUGCCCGUGUUUUGCUUGACCGUGCUCUACAGCCUCAUCGGGAGGAAGCUCUGGAGGAGAAAGAGAAAGAACAUCGGUCCAAACGCUGUCAUCAGGGAUAAGAACAACAAGCAAACUGUGAAAAUGUUAGUUGUGGUGGUAUUUGCUUUCAUACUCUGCUGGUUGCCUUUUCACGUAGGACGGUAUUUAUUUUCCAAAUCCUUUGAAGCUGGGUCCCUGGAGAUUGCAGUGAUCAGCCAGUACUGCAACUUGGUGUCCUUCGUCCUCUUCUACCUUAGCGCGGCCAUCAACCCCAUCCUCUACAACAUCAUGUCCAAGAAGUACCGAGUCGCCGCCUGCCGGCUCUUUGGACUCAAACCCCUUCCAAAGAAAAGACUCUCCAGCACGAAACAAGAAAGUUCGCGGGUUUGGACAGAACCGAGCGUUAUCACAUGACACGUCGUUCCCAGCGCCGGAGCAUCGCUUACACCAGUAUUUCCCAGAAAGCCAUAGCGAAAGAGAAAGAAGGGGAGAAACUCAAACCGAAAGGUUAAA